GGCAGGAAUAGUGCCCAUCAAUGUAUCAUUGGCAGGAAUAGUGCCCUCAACCAUCAUUGGUAUCCAUUGGCAGGAAUAGUGCCCCAAUCAUUGGCAUUAGUGGCCAGGAAUAGUGCCCCAUCAUUAGUAUCAUGUGGGGGGAAUAGUGCCCACAUCAUUGGGUAUCAGUGCGGGAAUAGUGGCCCCAUCAUUAGUAUCAGCUGUGGGGGGAAUAGUGCCCCAUCAUUGGUAUCAGUGGCAGGAAUAGUGCCCCAUCAUUAGUAUCAGUGGGGGGAAUGGUGCCACCAUCAUUUGGUAUCAGUGGGGGGAAUGGUGCCCCAUCAUUGGUGUCAGUGGGAGGAAUGGUGUGUCGCCCAUCAUUGGUGUCAGUGGGAGGAAUGAUGCCCCAUCAUUGGUGUCAGUGGGGGGGGGGGAAUAGUGUCCCCAUC